CGGCCGCGCCGCGGCCGCGCCGAUGGCGGUGAAUUACGCGGCCGGGCUGUCCCCGUACUCGGACAAGGGCAAGUGCGGCCUCCCCGAGAUUUUUGACCCUCCGGAGGAGCUGGAGCGGAAGGUGCGGGAGCUGGCAGAGCUGAUCCGCAGCUCCUCCCAUGUGGUGUUCCACACGGGGGCAGGGAUCAGCACGGCCUCGGGCAUCCCUGACUUCAGGGGCCCCAAUGGUGUCUGGACUAUGGAAGAGAAAGGGCUCUCCCCAAAAUUCGACACCACCUUCGAGAAUGCCAGGCCCUCCAAGACUCACAUGGCGCUGCUGGGGCUGCAGAGGGUGGGAAUCCUGAAAUUCCUGGUCAGCCAGAACGUGGACGGCCUGCACGUGCGCUCGGGAUUCCCACGGGAUAAGUUGGCCGAGCUCCACGGGAACAUGUUUGUGGAAGAGUGUGUGAAAUGUGGGAAGCAGUACGUGCGCGACGCCGUCGUGGGCAGCAUGGGGCUCAAGCCCACGGGACGCCUCUGCAGCGUCACCAAGGCCCGGGGGCUGCGGGCCUGCAGAGGGAAGUUACGAGACACUAUUCUGGAUUGGGAAGAUUCCCUGCCCGACCGUGACCUGACGCUGGCAGAUGAAGCCUGCAGGAAAGCCGAUCUCUCUGUCACCCUGGGGACCUCUCUGCAGAUCAAACCCAGCGGGAACCUCCCGUUGAUCACCAAGAAGAGAGGAGGGAAGUUGGUCAUUGUCAACCUCCAAGCAACCAAACACGACCGCCAGGCCGACCUGCGCAUCCACGGCUACGUGGAUGAGGUGAUGACCAAGCUGAUGAAGCACCUGGGGCUGGAGGUGCCCGAGUGGACGGGGCCGGUGGUGGUGGAGAGUGCCGAGCUGGCCAAGGGCGAGCAGGGGCAGCUGCAGGGGCGGCUGAAGGAGGAGCCCGCCCUGGGCCAGCACAACGGCACCGCAGCGCCCCCAGAGCGCCUCAAGCAGGAGUGUCCCGGCCCUGACACGGGGCCAACACCAGUGAAGAAGAUGAAGGUGGAGCCUCUCCUCACCUGACCUGGACUGUCCCUGUCUCACCUGGGCUGCUUUUCCUACUACCGACUUUUUUUUAUACCCUUAAAUAUUGUCCCUUUUUUUAUGUCAGUAUUAAACAUACUUGAAUUGUG